AGACACUGCACCCUCACUCUGACUCACUUCGUGAACCGAGUCUUAUGUCGCUGUCUCCAUUGCCAAAAAGGACUUUCACUCGCUCUUCCCUUCCUCCGUCGAUAAAGAUUCCUGCAAAAGUAUGCUCGCGUGAAACUGGCUGAGCUGCAGGUGGCGGAGCUCAUCCUCUUCAUGGGCAAGAAGAACAGCGGUGGCGGCGGCAGCUCUUGGCUCACGGCCGUCAAACGCGCAUUCCGAUCUCCAACCAAGGAUCCCGACGGGAAAACCUCCAGGCAACGCGAAUCGCCCGACCAAGAAGAACAGGAAGACAAGCAAAAACGGGAGAAGCGGAGAUGGAUCUUUCGCAAGCUGUACUCUCCGCAAGACCAGCAGCAACUCAGGACCACUGUCGCCGUGCCGGCGGUCACGGCAGAGCAGAGGCACGCCAUUGCGCUGGCAGUCGCCUCCGCGGCGACGGCGGAGGCGGCGGUGGCGACGGCGAAGGCAGCAGCAGAGGUUGUGCGGCUCACCAGACCUUCCUCUAGCUUCGUGAAAGAGCAUUACGCGGCCGUCGUCAUCCAAACUGCCUUUCGUGGAUACUUGGCGAGGAGGGCGCUGCGGGCGUUGAAGGGGUUGGUGAAGCUUCAAGCGCUAGUGAGGGGCCACAACGUGCGCAAGCAAGCGAACAUUACACUUCGGUGCAUGCAAGCGCUGGUGAGAGUCCAGGCAAGGGUGCGUAAUCAACGUAUGCGGUUGGCUCAGGAGUCAUCCUCCUCCUUCAGCUAUGACACGUCUCUUUGUGAUACCCAGUAUCUGCACGCCACAGAUAGGACGUCCAUGCACUCGAGAGAGGGGAGUAGCUUUGCUGAAGAUUGGAACGACCACCCAAGAACAAUGGAAGAAAUCCAAUCAAUGCUUCGGCUCCAACGGGAUGCGGCUCUCAAGCGAGAAAGGGCGCUCUCAUACGCCUUCUCCCAUCAACUUCGGAGAUCGGACCGACACCUAUCGCCGUCGCUGGAGGAUGAUUUCGACGGCGAGGUGGUUUCGGCGGGAGAGUCUGAGCCGGUCCGGUGGAUGGACCGUUGGAUGGCGUCAAGGUCUUCUUUUGACAACAGAGUAAGUAGCAGGUCGCGCGUCUCCACAGAAUACCGUGAUCCCAUCAAGACAUUGGAGGUCGACACGGCUCGCCCUUUUUCCUACGCCGUCUCCGCCAAUCCUCGCCGUCAAUCGCCCCCCGCCCGGCACCCAUCUUCCCCCCUCCAACGAUCUCUUGCCACGCCGUCUCCCUCCAAGGCGCGCCCUUUACAGGUUCGCUCUGACAGCCCCCGCGCCGGGCGCGACGAGCGGAGCUUCUUAUCCGCCCAUUCCCCCCGGCAACUACAGCAGCAGCAGCAGCACCCUUCAGUGGCGGCGCCGAACUACAUGGCUGCGACGGAGUCCGCCAAGGCGCGAGUGCGAUCGCUAAGCGCCCCGAGGCAGCGGCCAGGGACGCCGGAGAGGGGCGUCGGCGUCUCGGCCAAGAAGCGGCUGUCUUUUCCGGCGCCUGAUCCAUACGGGUGCUCUCAAAGCCUGCGUAGCCCGAGCUUCAAGAGCGCUGCGGGUUGGUUCUCCGGGGAGCAGCGUUCCAACGCGUCGCCAUCCUGCAAUGACAGCGUCGGGGGCGAAGCGUCACCAUCGUCGACAACGGACCUCCGGCGGUGGCUCCGGUGAGCGGGGCACCGUGCUUCAUCUGUGCUGUGCCCGUACCUUACUUAGCUGUAACUUUUUCUUGCUUUUUGCGUCGGUGGGCUAGUCGUCUCGUGCAGUGGGGUGGGAUUGGGGAGCGCGAAAACUUUUAAUCGAUAAGGUGGUGGUGUUGGCAGGCAGGGCCAUGUGUUGGAGUCUGCCCUAUUACAGAGCUCUAAAAGAAGUGCAAGUGAUUGGUUCUCAUACCGUCGUUGGCCAGCCUUCUCCCUUGACGGGAAAUCAUGGGACGUGGCGUCACAUCCUGCGUUGAGUUGGAGCACAGUGACAGAGCAAGAGAGAGAGAGCGCUUCUAAUUAAUCUUGUUUAAAGUUGGUAUUAGCGGUAAUAAUUAUGUCACUAUGUUGCAUGAUCCUUUCAGAAAAAGAAACUGCGGUUGUUUGGUGUUU